AUGGCCUGGUUUUCUGCCAACAUCAACGACACCCUCUCUGCAGCCAGGUCCAACACUUGGACUACCAUCAUCACCGUCUUCUCUCUCGCCUUCGUCUAUGUUCAAUAUCGCCGCAGUCCGUGGAGGAAGCUGCCACCCGGGCCUAAAGGCGUUCCUGUCCUUGGCAACAUCUUCCAGCUUGGCAAAACGCAGUGGUACACGUUCACGGAGUGGAGGAAACAGUAUGGCGACGUGGUGUAUCUAAACCUCGCUGGCCAACCUGCCGUUGUCCUGAACUCGCUCAAGGCAGCUGCCGACAUCCUGGACAGGAGAGCAGGUCUCAAUUCGGAUCGUCCGAGCUAUAUUGUAGCUUCCGAGAUGAUGAGCAGGAAUAUGUUCAUGGGAUUCACACCGUACAACGACCUCUGGCGAACGAUGCGCCGUGCCUCUCACGAAGGCCUCCACAAAGCCAUCACACCCAACUUCCACCCGACCCAAAUGAAGGAAGCAGCGAUUCUAGCGAGCGAGAUCAUCUCGACGCCGAAGAACUGGGACAACCACCUCCGGCGGGCUGCAACCUCCGUCAUCGCUUCGAUCGUCUACGACACGCCAACUCUCAAGUCCGAGGAGGACCCGUUGGUGAUGGAGGUCAACCAAUUCACGGCAAGGCUGACGAAGGCGGCGUUGCCUGGUGCGCACUUCGUGGAGAGUUUCCCGUGGAUGAAGCACAUCCCUGCUUCGUUGGCCAAGUGGAAGCAAAUCGCCCUAGAAUCGUACAAGAAAGAUACAUCAAUGCUUACUGGCCUUAUGCGACCCGUCAGGAACCAGAUCGCUGCUGGCGAGGACAGGCCGAGCUUCUCCGCCACGGUCAUCAACGACAAGUCACAUAACAUGACGGAGGCGGAGAGUGCAUGGCUGGCGGGGAGUGUCUACGCCGCCGGAGCAGAGACGACUUCGGCUGUCAUGGCGUGGUGGGUUCUGGGCGUCAUUGCAUACCCCGAUACUCUGAAGAAAGCGAGAGAAGAGAUAGAUUCGGUCGUUGGAAGGGACAGGAUGCCGACGUUUGACGACUUUGAUCAUUUGCCGUACAUAAGGGCGAUGGCGAAGGAGGUGCUGAGGUGGCGCCCUGUGGCACCGCUCGGCUCUCCACACCGCUCGACCGAAGACGACACCUACGAAGGCCACUUUAUCCCCGCCAACACCAUCCUCAUCUCCAACAUCUGGUCCAUCAACCGCGACCCACUCGUCUUCGGACCAGACGCACACGAGUUCAACCCUUCGCGGUUCAUCACCAAGGAUCCGAAGACCGGCGAGACGAUGCUCGUGCCAGCCCCAUACGACACGAAAGACGAACACCACGUUGCUUUUGGGUUUGGACGGAGGAUCUGUGUGGGCCGAUAUGUCGGGAAUGAUAGUCUGUUCAUCGAUAUCGCGACGUUGGUGUGGGCGAUGAAUAUUGAGUAUGUCGGGAAGAGGCCGAUUGAUCUGGAUGGCUACGUCGAUGAGGGUAUCGUCAUUCGUCCGCCAACUCUCCAGGUUAAAUUCAGCCCUCGCUCGCCUGACGUUCGCGAGAUCAUCGAGAGGACGCUCGAAGAAUUUGGGUAUCAAAAGUGA